CCGUAUGUACGCGAAAGAAGCCGAGCUGCAGCGGAGCUGUCCGGAACAUCCGGCCUGUAGCUUCUCAACAUAAACAGCAAUGGCGGAGGCAGCAGCAGCGUCUACGGCGGCUUCACCAGUAACAGGAGGUUGGACCAAACACGUAACCUGCAGGUAUUUCAUGCAUGGUCUUUGCAAAGAAGGAGACAACUGCCGAUAUUCCCAUGAUCUGACCAACAGUAAACCUGCAGCCAUGAUUUGCAAGUUCUUUCAGAAGGGAAACUGUGUGUUUGGGGACCGUUGCAGGUUUGAACACUGUAAACCAACAAAGAACGAGGAGCUGCCAACUCCUCAGACGCUGCCGCUGCCCUCCGUCUCACUGGCUGGCCCGUCAGACCCAGAACCCAGUGGGGUAACACCCGUCCCAGGGGUACAAGACUGGGUCAACGCUGCUGAAUUUGUUCCAGGACAGCCAUACUACGGACGGGCUGAGCCAGUGAAGGUAGUGAGCUCUGUCCCUCUCAUUGAGGAGUUUGACAGUGACACAGUGCUAGACAACAAAGAGUUGAAGAAGCAGCUCUGUCCGUACGCCGCCGUUGGAGAGUGCCGCUAUGGACUCAACUGCGCCUAUCUCCACGGCGAUGUGUGUGACAUGUGUGGCCUCCAGGUGCUCCACCCCACUGACAACAACCAGCGCUCAGAGCACACUAAGGCAUGCAUUGAGGCCCAUGAGAAAGACAUGGAGAUUUCAUUUGCCAUCCAACGCAGUAAAGACAUGAUGUGCGGUGUGUGUAUGGAGGUGGUGUUUGAGAAGGCCAACCCAAGCGAGCGCCGCUUUGGCAUCCUCUCCAACUGCUGCCACUGCUACUGUCUAAAGUGCAUUCGCAAGUGGAGGAGUGCCAAGCAGUUUGAGAGCAAAAUCAUUAAGUCUUGCCCAGAGUGUCGAAUCACAUCCAAUUUUGUCAUCCCAAGUGAAUACUGGGUGGAAGAUAAGGACGACAAGCAGAAACUCAUCCAGAAAUACAAGGAUGGCAUGGGGAGUAAACCUUGUAGAUACUUUGACGAGGGUCGUGGAACAUGCCCUUUUGGCUCAAAUUGCUUCUAUAAGCAUGCUUUUCCCGAUGGACGGCUGGAGGAAGCUCAGCCACAGCGAAGACAGACUGGAACCAACAGCAGGAACCGGAACGCGAGGCGGACACCGCUGUGGGAUAUCUUGGAUGAGAGGGAAAGCACUGAUUCCUUUGACAACGAGGAUGAUGACAUGGUGACAUUUGAGCUGAGUGAGAUGCUCCUCAUGCUGCUUGCUGCAGGAACUGAUGACGAUGUGACAGAUUCAGAGGAUGAAUGGGACUUGUUUCACGAGGAGCUGGACGAUUUUUAUGAGAUUUACCUAUAGCAACCCAACCCACUAACUCCCCCACCCCCCCAUGUAUACUAGACACUAGAAUGGACCGUCUUGUGUGAGUGAUGGACAGUAGCUUUUGCCCCACCCUUGUAUUGUGGCAGUGCCUUUAAGCAGGCCAUUAAUAAAUGAACUUACAGAAAAAAAGAAAAAAAAUCUAAGUCAGUGCACUCGUGCUAAACAUUUUCUAGACAUCUAUUCUCGUGAAUAUCUUGUGCAGUUUAUGUUAAAAGGAAAAAAACAAUAUAAGAUUUAACAAAAAUUAUAACUUUCCUCAAAUAUUGCUAAUAAAAAUUGUCAAGUUUACUUGUGGGUGUGGGUUUGACUUGCUUAUCAUCUACCCAGAUGUUUGUAAAUACUUCUGAGACUGAGGACAUUCUCGAAAAUACUCGGCACCAUUUACUGUAACUGUGAUGGGCAUGUAAGGUUUUACAUAUGGUUUCUGAAGGCUGGAACUUUUUCCUAUUUGUUCCUUUAUUAAAGCUGCUGAUUGGCAAUAUAUGUGCUGAUAUUUAAUAAAUUUACCAUAAUCAUUA